AUGGCAAGGAAUGAUAGCCGAAAGUGGACUUUUGGCCUGAUAUUCCUGGGCAUUGUUGUCGUCCUGUGGAUUCUCUCUUCGUUUCUCAUAAAUCUCAUUUUUGAAGACGCAUCCUACAGAAAACCGUUUUUCCUCACAUACAUCAAUACGGCGUCGUUCGUUUUCUACCUGCUUCCUACUUUCAAAGCGGUUUGUCACAACUACUGGAGGACUGGGAAAUUUCAAAUACAUCGUGAACUCGUCAUUGAAGAAGAAGGACUGCGAUCAUCAUCAGACGAAGAGGCUCACGUGUCCCUGCGAUCGCACACAGCAACCGAGCUAACAACGUCCACGUCUCCUCUGGUUCCUAAAAACAGUGAUCUUACCUCCACAGACGCAUUCACAGGCGCCAAACUGUCUCUGCCAGCCACGAUACAGCUCAGCGCCCAAUUUUGUAUUCUUUGGUUUUUGGCCAAUCUAGUCACCAAUGCAUCUUUAUCCUACACUUCUGUGGCGUCUCAAACCAUUCUUUCAUCCACCUCGUCUUUCUUCACCCUACUGGUGGGGUCAUUGUUCCACGUCGAAAGUAUCAACCGCGUCAAGAUUCUGGGGUCGUUGGUUUCCUUCUUAGGAAUCGUGCUCGUCACUAAGUCUGACGCUAAAGAUUCGGCGAAUGCCGGAGAAGUGCAUUCAGCGAUUCCCUUUAGAUUUCACGAUGGCAAGUCCGAUACCAACCCGGAUGCGUUUGUGACUUUUUGUGGAAACCUGUUAGCUCUCUCGGGCGCUCUCUGUUACGGUCUCUACUGUACGCUUUUGAAAUGGCGUAUCAAGGAUGAAAGCAGGGUCAACAUGAAGAUCUUUUUUGGGUUUGUGGGCUUACUCACCCUGGUCUUGCUAUGGCCUACCAUCAUUUUCUUGCACGUCAUGGGAUGGGAGCCUUUUGAAUUGCCCAAGACUCCGAGAGUUAUAUUUAUUGUGGUUUUCAACUGUUUAAUCACAUUCAUCAGCGACUUCUGUUGGGCCAAGGCCAUGCUAUUGACAUCUCCCUUGACUGUUACUGUUGGUCUAAGCACGACAAUUCCCUUCGCCAUGAUGGGCGAUUUUCUUUUCAAAGAAAGACCCAUGUCACUCCUUUAUCUGCUAGGUGCUGUUCUCAUAUGCGGCAGUUUCUUCAUAGUGAACAGAGAUUCAGAAGCAGAAGAGGAAUUCAGUCUUGAGGCAAACUAA